AUGGUGAGCAGCGGCGGAGCAGCAAGCGACGGCGAAGUAACUGGGUCAAAAAGAUGCAGUCAGAACUUGAAGAAGGGUCCAUGGACGGCGGCGGAGGAUGCAAUCUUGAUGGAGUACGUGAAGAAGCAUGGUGAAGGGAACUGGAACGCUGUGCAGAAGAAUUCAGGUUUGAUGAGAUGUGGUAAGAGUUGUAGGCUUCGAUGGGCUAACCAUUUGAGGCCUAAUCUCAAGAAAGGCUCUUUUACUCCUGAAGAGGAGAGGAUCAUCAUCGAACUUCACGCUAAACUCGGCAACAAAUGGGCUCGCAUGGCCGCACAGCUACCUGGAAGAACUGACAAUGAAAUCAAGAACUACUGGAACACCAGAAUGAAGAGACGCCAAAGAGCCGGCCUACCUAUCUACCCACAAGAAAUCCAAGAAAAAGCCGCAGCGUUUCACCACCACCACCACAGGAGAUCCCACAACAAUUCAUCCGCUUUACUGUCUUCACUCCUCACAUCACAAAACCCCACUUACAAUCCCUCUCUCUCCUUGUUCGAUACCUUCAAUUUCCCAACCGCUGCAAACCACCCUCUUCAAAAUCAACCAACUUCAUUUUACUCCAAUCCUAAUCACCAAUUCAAGAUUUUUUGUGACAACAACAAUGGCACUAAUGGUUUUUCUAUCCCUUUAUCCCCUAAUUCUUCAUUUGUACCAUCAGCAACAACUCUCUUCAAUCAAAACCUCCAAUCUCAGGCUCUUCCAGUACCAUCUUUUAAAUUCAAUAGUGGAAAUAAUUUUGAGCGUGAUUUGAGUUUUAGUUCGAUGAUAAUGGGAGCGGGAGGUUCUGUUGACCCAAUUAAUCAUUUUGUUUCUGGGAUGGACAAUGAGCUCCCUUCAAGCCAAAUACCACCACAGGCACAACCAAGGACUUCAGCUUCAACAGGGUCAACGGCUGGUGUUUGUACGAUGAAAACUAAUGCUGACCAUAAAAUAAUUCCCCCCAAAACGACUGGAGGCAAUAGUGGCCUGUUAGAUGCUCUAGUGCAAGAGUCACAAAAGCUAUCUCGCAAUGAAAUAUUCAAAGGUGAAAAUUUGUCGGUUGUAGGUGAUAAAGGGAAAGGCGUGGUGGGUGUGCCUUGUGAAGAGGAGGAAGGCAAUGAAGGUGUUGAUUCAGUGAUGAGGAAUAGCGGCGAGGCUAAUGCUGAUACACUGUGGGAUGAUUUGAGCUCUUCUCAGUCAUCAAUUGGAAUGAAAGCCGGUGAGGAACCAUUAGAGGAGAUGAAUUCCAUGGACGAUGAUCUCAUGACCCUGCUCAACAACUUCCCCUUAUCAAUGCCCCUUCCUGAGUGGUACCCCGGAAACAGCGAAAUUUCGAACGGAUCAUCAACCACCAUGACAGGUGGCAGCAAUGUAGACACUAACCAUCAGCAAAAUGCUGCAACUACCAUUGCUCCACCCUCAGUUGCCUCCCCGGACCUCCAGUGGUCUCUGGGUUCCUGCGGCUGGAACAACAUGCCCAGCAUUUGCUAA